ACCGCGGUGCAGUAGUGUGUUAUGAGGCAAAUGAAUUAAAAACAUCGUCUCCGUGACACGAAAACGUUUACAAUCGAUUGUUGGAAAACACAGUAUUCAUCUGUUAACGCUGAAACACUGUGUCACUACUGACAAUGGUAGACGGGAUACGCGUGUCGUUACAAUAAUGGAAACGAUCGUAGACGAGACAGAUGACAAGGAUUUCCAUCGUUUAAUCGUCGUUCGUCCAUGUUUUCAUCUUUCAUUGCUUCCAUCAUGUGUUUCACACGACGGCCGUGACACUCAUGCUACAGCAGUGUUUUAAAUCAGUGUUACCACCUACAUUACAUCGGUAGAGGAGUUUGUUUUUGCCACAAACCUUUACCUUACACAUCCGCGAGGAUGAAUGCUUCAGUAAAAAGCACGUGCAUUUGUUUAUAUUUAGUAUAGUGCAAUAGUGUUAUAAUGACGAACCGGAAAGGAUUUUUAGCUCAACAGAAUACCUUUUUGGAUACCAUAGCAACCCGGUUUGACGGCACACACAGUAACUUCGUGCUCGGCAACGCCCAGGCGACAGGCUGUCCAAUCGUCUACUGCUCGGACGGUUUCUGUGAACUAACCGGAUACUCAAGAGCGCACGUGAUGGGGAAGAGUUGUUCCUGUAAGUUUCUCCGAGGACCGAAGACGAAUGAGACAGAAAAGGAGAAGAUUGACGAGGCACUGGAAAACAUCGAAGAAAUUAAAACUGAAAUUCUACUUUAUCGGAAAGGUGGCCUGACGUUUUGGUGUUUGCUGGAUAUCAUCCCCAUCAAGAAUGAGAAAAGCCAAAUUGUGUUGUUUUUGGUAUCCUACAAAGACAUAAGUCGAGACCGAUCAUCGUCUACCGAUAUCCCGGAAAAGGAGAGCAGCGAUGAUGACGAAAGCGACGAUGACCUCGACGAAAACUUCCGCCCACCAAGUGUGCGAUGUCGGGCAGAUAUGCCGACCAACUGUAACUAUCAGCGCAGGCGCAGUCGAGCAGUACUCUAUCAUCUGUCGGGACAGUUUGAGAAACAAAACAAAGCCAAAAGUAAACUACAAAAGCUUAACAAGCUCACAGAAUCCAUUUCCGGUAAAAUGCCAGAAUACAAAGUGCAGGAAGUGAAGAAAUCUCGUUAUGUGAUAUCGCAUUAUGGGAUAUUUAAGAUAGGCUGGGACUGGCUGAUUCUGUUGUGUACAUUUUACACGGCCAUCAUGGUACCAUACAAUGCGGCGUUCACACGUGAGCAAGAUUACAGAAGCUCCAUAUAUUCAGAUGUGUUAGUAGAAAUCCUCUUUAUGAUUGAUAUUGUGUUAAAUUUUCGAACGUCCUUCGUCAGCAAGAGUGGACAGAUUGUCUACGACGGCCGAAUGGUAGCUAUCAACUACAUAAGAGGCUGGUUUCCAUUGGAUCUGCUGGCCGCCAUUCCUUUUGAUUUCCUAUAUACGAUUGAUAUUAAUACUAAUACUCCAGUUCAUUUGCUCAAAGUUGCCCGUUUGCUCCGACUUGCCCGUCUUCUUCAGAAGAUCGACAGAUACUCACAGUACAGCGCCAUCGUUAUCGCUCUGCUCAUGCUUCUGUUCGCACUCACCGCUCAUUGGCUGGCUUGUAUAUGGUACGCCAUUGGCUACCACGAGCUUUUAAACAGCCCAGCCCAUUGGACAACAGGAUGGUUGUUUGAGUUGAGCGAACGACUUGACAAUCCCGUCCACGCUAACAGUCUAACAAAGCCUGGACUUAUGACGUCGUAUGUGUCUGCCCUAUACUUCACGUGCAGCAGUUUGACCAGUGUGGGAUUUGGGAAUGUUUCUGCCAACACAAAUGCAGAGAAGAUAUUUUCGGUGUGUGCCAUGCUCGUUGGUGCUAUGCUCCACGCCGUUGUAUUCGGUAACGUCACAGCCAUCAUACAGAGAAUGUACGCUCGUCGCGCCACCUACCAUUCCAGGACGAAGGAUCUGAAAGAUUUCUUCCGAACCCAUCACAUCCCAAAACCUCUGAAACACCGCAUGCAAGAGUACUUCCAAACCAUGUGGUCGAUGAAUAAUGGAAUGGAAGCAGGAGAGAUUUUGAAAGAUUUUCCAGACGAGAUGAGAGGGGAGAUCUCGUUACAUUUGCACAAGGAUCUUCUUUCUCUCGCCAUAUUUGAGAAUGCCACACAAGGCUGUCUGAAGGCGAUUUCCCUCCAUACUCGAAGGGCUUUCUCAGCCCCAGGAGAAUUUAUUAUCCACAAAGGCGACGCCAUUAAUUACGUGUACUUAUUAUGUAGUGGGUCCAUGGAGGUUUUAAAGACGGAAAUGGUGGUAGCUAUCCUUGGGAAAGGCGAUUUAUUCGGAACAGACAUCAACUUGGAGGACCCUAUUGGAAUAUCGUGCUGUGACGUCAGGUCGCUGACCUAUUGUGAACUUCAAGGAAUCAGCAUUAAGGGACUAGCGGAAGUGCUGAGCCUUUACCCAGAUUUCGCUGACAAGUUUUCUCAAGAUAUCCGCCAUGACCUCACAUACAACCUUAAGGAGGGAACAGAUGAAUCUGACGUAUGUGGUGAAUACGAAGAGAAACUUCCCAUCACCAGAGUGAUGACACUGCCCUCUAUAUCAGAGGAUGACGAGGAAACAGACAGUGACCACGUGUUCCACAGGGGAGAGAACUCAAGCAGUCCAAACUCACAGAAAGACGGCGGCCGAGAAUCCAGUCCAUCCUCCCCACUCUUAGCCGAUAAACCUUUCACCUUCAAUAUCCCUAACGGGGAUAUAGAGAAGUUCAGCAGAGACCUGACGAGCCCCCCAUCAUUAAAAAGAGGUCCUGUCACUGUUUCCAGUCCAGCCCCUAAGAGGAAUUACAGUACACCGUUCCGCCGAUCGUCGCUAAGGAAGCAACGUCACCUCGCCACUGCAGCUGAAAAAGGAAGUGGCAUAGAUACCCUAUCAACAUCGUUACAAAACCUACAAACAGACUUUGAAGGAACUAAAACAAAUAUAUUCCAGAUAGAAAGAAAAGUAGAUACUAUUGGAAGUGAACUUACUCACAUGGAUGAACGAUUGAAAUCGUUAAUCGAAAUACUGACUCCAAAUCCAAGUGUUCAUUCGGAAUCCCCUCCAAAUACACCCUUUACACCUUACACAAAACCCAAAUUUUCAUUUGGAUCUCCAACAUCUGAAGACAAUAUGAUAAACAUGCCCAGCCACCAGAAGGGGUGUAAAUUAAAUGUGCCUUGUUCUUCAAAUAAGAAGGCUAUACCCCAAGGAGCAAAGCCUAGAGCUUCGCUAUUUCCUAAAAUCCAUUUGGACAACAUUCCUUCCAUAGAUAGUGAUGACUGGCGUGUAAAAGCCAACAAGAGUUGUGAUAAUAUAUACCUUAAUAACAAUGAACACCAAAUUUUGGAGCGUCGCCAUAGCGACGGUCCUCCGGACCGUAGAAUUCAGAAAGAACUGAACGGAAGUGUUUAUGUUCCCCCAGAGUCACUUCCGGCUCGUGUUCAUGGCCAAUUGGAGAAGCACUCGGAUCGUCCAAACUGUUCUUAUGUUCUUCCUUCACGUCCCGGUUGUUCUUCUAGUCCACCGCAGGAACAUCGAGGCCAUUCCUCUAGUCCGCCGAACGAACAUCCGGGUCGUUCAUAUGGUCCAGCAGAGACGCAUUCAAGUAAUUCGUAUGGUCAACCACCAUCUCUCGGUUCACUUGAUUUUGUAUGUGAUAUAGACACAAAAAAGUUACAGCGCGUGAACUCUGUCGACUGUAAAUAUAAAUCACCUUCUGGAGAAGCACAAACAGUCCACACCAUUAGUACCGGGGACUGCAGCAAACCGCCAAGGACAGUGAGAAGGAUACCGCGAAGUAUUGUGUUACAAGGCCAACAUCUUCCCAGUGCUAAAAAUGUCCUAGAAACUACUGAUUUGUAGAUACUUUGUCUGAUUCUGUUAGUUAAAAUAUGACACCAAGGGAGACAACCAUGGCAUAAGAUACACGUAGCAUUUAUAGUUAUACAGUAAAACUAACGCCAAGGGAGACAGCCAUUGCAUACAACAUGCAUUAUAUAAGUAGCUUUUAAUUUCUAAAUUACCUCCUCAUGGGAGACAACUAUUCUAUAUGAUACACGUAGCUUUUAUAGUUAGUAGUUAAAACACUCAAUCAAGGAAGACAACAGUUGCAUACAACAUGUGUGACACGCGAGCUUAAAUAGUAAUCAUUUUGAAUACAUCAUCAAGGGAGAAAACCAUUUCAUAUGGUACACGUAGUUUUUAUGGUCAGUGAUCGGAACAUUUCCUGAAGGGAGACAACCAUUUUAUACACAUAUCUUAUAAUUCCUAAUACACGUAGAUUUUAUAGUUAAGAGUUAAACACCUCCUCAAUGGCGACAGUCAGUAAUCCUUUACACGGUAUUACCGCAUUCAGCGUUGAUCAUACUACAUUGACUACUUCUGUUCUGUUAUUGCAGUUGACCUCUGUUAUCGACAUAUAACUGGUAUAAUUAUAAUGUGUCAAACAUACCUAGAAGCUCUAAAUCAGAUAUACUGGACAUUUUUGAACUCAUUAUGGCACUGAUUAGUUGGGUUGUUGACGAUAUAUGACUGGAAAGAAAUAUUGAACACCGCAGUACUUGUUAUAGAAAUUUAAUAUACAGAAACUCCAAAUAGCCAAAUCAUAAUUUAGCAGAUUUUUUUUUUUUUUUUUUGUUAUCCGAAAAGCGCUUAAAUAAUAAUACCGCUUAAAUAUAUUAAUGUACAGUAUAUAGGAAAUAACAAAGACCACUGGCAAAAUAACGACACCAUAACUACGAAAUCGAUAUAACGAGGAUAAAUAAUAACCAUUUAGAUUUGUAUGGAAACCCUUAAAAACAGUCACAAUAAAAAUAAAACCGGGUGCUCCGGAAAAGUAACUAAUUAAUACGUCUGUGCAGGGAUUAAAUAAAACACGCAAAGAAUUAGCAACUUAAAACAUGAACUUUCAUUAAUAUUUAAGUGCAAAAUUGCUUUGAUAGGAAUACAGUUGGAAAAGCAUCAGUAAAAAGCUCAUUUGCAAUUUCUAUGAGGAGAUUCGGCUGCAUGAAUAUCGAUCAGUUUGGCGAGAACGAGCGUUUUAGAUAACUGCCUACGGGAAAUAAUUUAUUAUUAUAUUGCUUAUUGAUAACACAUAUUUCGUUGUCAGAAUAUCAGCAGCUGCUGCUUAAGUGUGUAAUGAUUUUCAGCUGAAUAAUCAAUUAAUAUACUGUUGUUAAGCACAGUUUAUAUUAUCAACAUUUAUUUUGGUUCUUCAAAUCAUAUCCGUAAUUAGAGUUAAGCAUCAACGGUCACUUCUGAUGUAAUCCACAAAUGCAACUACUGUUGUCUGUGUUGAAAGCAGAUAUGCAUGAAUUUCAAAGGAUUUUACAUUUAUGGCAUUGUCCCUUAAUAUUUCAUUAGUUAUAUGACUUGGUUUGCACGUGCAUCGAUUAUCAUCGAUUUCAAUAAUAAUGAAAUACAAUAUGAUAAGGAAAUAAGUUCAAUUGAUAGCGAUAAUAAGCAAAUAGGCAAAGAAUAAGGAUAAUAAUGAAAUAUGACAUAAGUCACAUUAAUGAUAAGGAAAUAAGUCACAAAAUGGAUAAUAAAGAAAUAAGUCACAAUAAAGAUAACCGAAAAGUAAUAAACAGAAAAUCCGUAAUACAAUGUUAAAGUGAGAAGGAAAUAAGUUAUAAUAAGAAUGAUAAGGAAAUAAGUCACGAUAAUGAGGAAAUAAGUCACAAUAAGGAUAACCAAAUAGUAGAUAAAAAGAUAUUACAAUGUUUAAAGGAAAAGAAAAAAAGUUAUGAUAAGGAUAAUAAGGAAAUAAGUAGUUGCAAGGAUAAUUAAGAAAUACGCAUGCGCAAAACUGUUACUUAUCCUAUUUAAACUGGUCGAAACUGAAAUCGUGUGACAAAAAGCAUAUGACAUGUGUCUUGGUAGUCAUUGUGUCAUUGUUAUUAUUGAAUAUUAUACAAGUGCUUUCAUAUUCUGUCUUUUUGAUGGGGGUCUAAAUAAAAUAAGAAUAGCAAAAUAGUGAUACGUGUACCAUUAUAAUAAAAUGUGGACAUUUUGGGGGGAUUUUUAUCCGUGCAAAAAACAGCUAUAGAUUUUCUUUAUUAUCUGAAAAUAAAUUUGAACCUCUUAAAAGCAGCCUAUAUGUUUAUAUAAAUGUAUCAAGGAUUAAUAUUGAAAUAUAAAGACGUGUAUCGUAUGAUAACAAAUUUUGUAACAAAGUUUUUAUAUUAGAGAAAGAAUCGCUAACUAUAGUUUCUAUGUUAAAACUCCAGUUCGUUCUUGCCAGCAAAGCCUGAUAGUACUGUGUGUGUUGUAUGUUGGAUAUACAUCUCGUUCAGCUACACUUAUAUGUAGUAUAUACAUUAAAUUUCCCAGAAGUGACUUGCUCAUAAAUAAGCGCUAUAAAUCUACCAAAAUAGAAGCCAUUUUUAUUUUGUUAAGUGUUGUUUAACGUCAUAUCAACAGCUAAGGUAAUUGAAAGGCGGCUUUUGAUAACAAAUGUCAUGUACUAUUUGGUUUGUUAAACAGUUUGAGCAUUUUGUUAUUACUGUAUAUAUGCCUUUCACAAUUAUACAAGUACAUCUGGUUAGUAUGAAGUUAAAUAUAUAAUAUGAAAAAGAAAAAGAUAAAUCGUUACAAAAUGCCACAAACUUCCGUCACCCUCUCUACCCAACACUUUCAAAUAAUGGCUGUCCCCCAAGGUCCCUUGGGUCCCAUUGAUCAGUGGUCGAAAAGGCCACACUAUGUAUUUUUAAAGCAACAUUUGUUUUCUUCAAAAAACAGAAACUAUAUGUCUGUCCGGAACAAAUACUGUUAUGCCAUGUGGGGAUCAGAAUCGACCUACCUAACCAGUUUCUUUUCACUUUGAUUAUUAAAACUUCCUAUUGAUUUAAACGAAAACACAGUAAGCUGAAUUGACUUCUAUCUAAGAUCCCCCCCCCCCCCCC